GUGAUUAUACGGCCGUCUGUUACGUUUCGGUGGAAUAUAUAGAAUACUCACGCUCUGUUUCCUGCAGGGGCCGGUGCGAUGAGCGAGCAGAGGGAGCGGACCUUCGUUUGGGUUCCUCACGGUUCCGACAAUGAGGAAGAGGAGAGGCCGUACGCAGAGGGAUUUGGCCCCAUUAAUGGAGAUGAAGAUAGCGCCAUGUUUAUAGAGCAGUGCGGGAUGCUCUUAGACUGUCACGAAGACGUCUCUGACGCGGCUCCGGGUGAGGAAAGCGAAGAAAGUUUGUUCGAGGCGGAUAAGAAACGCAGCCCGUCCAGCGGUUCCCCCGUGAAACCCGGACCCAGCGGCAAGAGCGCCAGCAAGCUGGCCAGCAUCAUCGCGCACCUCCAGAACCUGGCGAGCGAAAGAGAGUCCACCCGGCAGGACGCGGGAGUGGAGGAUGAUGGGGGAUUUCAGACGUUCACCGGCGAAGACAUGAACUUUGACGAGCAAGCGGAAGGUCUGGCCUCGGCCCGCGCUCACUCCUCUGACCAAAGGUUAAAGGCGUUCAAAGCCAUAAAAAUCCUGCAGGACACGGACGCAAAGGACAAGAAGUACAUCUGUGUCGAGUGCGGCAAAACGAGCCGCUACAAGUCGGCGUAUUUACGGCACAAACGGACGCACACGGGCGAGAAGCCCUUUAACUGCACCGAGUGCGGGAAGUGCUUCCGGAGGAGCUCUCAGCUGGUGACGCACCAGCGCAUCCACACCGGCGAGAAACCCUACACCUGCCUGCGCUGCGGCAAAAGCUUCAGCUGCAACUCCACGCUGGUGACGCAUCAGCGCACGCACACCGGCGAGAAGCCCUACAUCUGCCUCGAGUGCGGCAAGGGAUUCAUCCACAGCUCUGACUACAACCGGCACCACCGCGUCCACCGCGGAGAGAAGCGCUACACCUGCAAGGAGUGCGGCAAGAGCUUCAGCCAGAGCUCGUACCUGGUCAUCCACCAGCGCAUCCACACCGGCGAGAAGCCCUUCGUCUGCAACGAAUGCGGAAAGUGCUUCAGCCGCAACUCCUCGCUGGUGACGCACCAAAGGGUGCAUACGGGGGAGAGGCCGUAUACAUGCGCCGAAUGCGGCAAGAGCUUCCGCCAGAGCUCCCACCUGCUUAUCCACCAGCGGACCCACACCCCAGACAGUCACUUGGCCCUGCGUGCCAUGAUGUGAGCAGCGUGCGCGGGGCCAGAGGGAGCGACGGCCCCCCCGCGAAUCUCCCUUUCCAAAGAUAGUGGGCACGUAGGAAGCUGCCCCUGCCGGGGGCUCAAUGCUCCUCCUGCGCAGCCCGUUGACUUCUCGGUGCUAAUGGAGGACUGUAGGAGAACCCAGUGACUGCCGUUCUAUCCCUUGUAGUUUGCUAAGGAUUCCGGUCAUGCCGCCUCGUGGCCAGUACGGCCAUUGCCCCCUCCCCCUAUUUAUACACAUGCGCGAGGUUUGCCGUUGUCCGUAGAGACUCACCUGUGGUGUACUUGGCUGCGUAGUCCCGAUUGCAUGCAUCUCCAGUCAUGCGCCGCCGUGUCUAGUGUACGCUGUCUCAUUAUGUGUAGCGUUUUGGUUCAGAUUCAUUUGAAUCUCGCCGGGUAUUCCCCGCCACGUCUGGAACGCCUGUUACGGUCCUGUCUCCGAGGGGCAAAAGCACUUACACAACGAUUAAAAUGUUCCAAAA